AUGGAAGAAAGACAUAUAAAUUUCCAAGUAUUUAAAAGUUCCUAUUUAGAAAAAAAAUUAAAAAUACAGGAUAUGAAUGAAUCGGUCAAAAAGAAAAGAAAUGAUAAAAAAAAAGAAAUUAUGGAAAUAAUUUGCCAAGGGACAUCACAUAAAAUGUUGAAUGGAAAUAAUGUCAAUAGUUGUCAUAAUAAUAAUGAUAAUAGUUGUCAUAAUAAUAAUGAUAAUAGUUGUCAUAAUAAUAAUAAUAGUUGUCAUAAUAAUAAUAAUAUUGGAGAUAGUUGUCAUAAUUAUUAUUAUGAUGAAGAACAAAAUAUUUCUAUUUCAGAACUUACUAAUCCAAUUAAUAGCAAUUCUUCUGAUCUCCAUUUGAAAGAAGAAAAAAAUAAAAACAUCAUAUAUAAAAAGUAUAAUUAUCUUUACAGUGAUCAUAGAGAGACAAAAAAGAAAAUACAAGAAUUCAUAAACAAAUAUAAAGAUAGAUAUAAUAUAUUCAAACAAAAGAAAUUACCACUAUGUAAUAAUGUAGAUGAAUUAUUUAAUAAUAAUUAUAAAAAUGAUAAAGAAGAAAAUUAUCAUUAUCAAUUAUCAUCCCUUGAAAAAUAUAAUAAUAAUAUUAAAUCUAUCAUAUCAUUAAAUGAACAAAAUAAAAAAUAUCAUUUAAAUGAUAUUAAUAAUUUUAUACAAAAAAAUAUUAUAAAAAAUAAAUCCUUAAAUAUAGAAACAAUUCUUAAUAAUAUUAAAAGUGCAUUCGAUGAUUUUAUAGAUGUAUAUAUAGAGAAGCCAAAUACUGAUAUCGAUUUUUUAUAUAACAAAAUAUAUGAGGAAAAAUAUAUAAAUAAUAUAAAUAAUAUAAAUAAUAAAAAAUAUAACAAUAAUAAUAAUAAUAUUAACGAAUCAAAUAAUAUUUAUGAAUGUAAUUUAUUAAAAUGUAUUAAUGAAAAAGAAAAAAAUUUUAAAGACAUAAAAAAAAAAAUUAAUGAACCAUAUGAAUAUGUAAAUAUUAUGUCCCACUAUAUGAAUAGUAAUAAAUCUUCUAUAAAAGUAAUAAAUCAUAUAAAACCAAAGUGUAACAUACUUACAAAAGAUAACCUUAUAUAUAAUGAACAUGUAGAUAAUAUAAAAGAAAAGAUAAAAGACAAAACAGAUCAGAUUAUUUUAAAUAAUGUAACAGAUGAAUAUUCAAAUGAUGAAAUUAUUAAUACCCAAACAAAUGACAAAAAUGUUGUUGACGUAUCUUUAUUUACACAUAAAUAUAAAUAUAGAUCAAAUAUUAUAUUUACUAUAAAUAAAAUAAAAAACAUAGAAAAAAUUAUAGAAAUAAAUAUUUAUAUUACAGAUGUGCAAUUAAAAAUACCUGGAAUGAGAAUAGAAAAUAUUAUCUUACCAUAUAAAUAUAACAAUGAUAUAUUAAAAAUAGAAAUAAAAACCUUAAAAAAUAAAUUAAAUAAUAAUAAUAAUAAGAAGAAGAAGAAUAAGAAUAAUAUAUUGAACAAACAUAUUUAUAAUAACAUAAAUAAAUUUCAUUGUAAUUCAUCUAGUUCAGAUCAUUCAAGUGAAUCAAAAAAAAAUUCAAGAACAAAAAUUAGAUGUUAUUAUGCUUUCAUACCUUUAAUCAAUAUACAAGAUGAAAUUAUUAAUAAAAGAUUAAUUCUUAUUAAAUCAAAAAAUAAAAAGAUAUAUGAAAAAGAAAAGUUUUUACCUGAUACAUUAUAUUUAAUACAAUCAAAAGAUAUUACUUCAUCUAAAGAAAAAUAUUUUUAUAUUUCUAUAAAAAAAUGUAUACAUGGUAUUCAUUAUUAUCCUAAUAAAAUCAAUCAUCAAAAAGAAAAUAUACAACAUAAUUAUUUUACACCUAUCUAUGUAAGUUUAUAUAAUGACAAUGUUGAUAAUUAUAUUGCUCAUAUCAUAAAUGAAAAUAAUUAUAUCGAAAAAAUAAAAAUACAAAAAAUUAUACAAAGUGAUGAAAAUAAUAAUUAUCAUAAUAAUAAAUCACAAGGAUCAUAUAUUAUAAAUAAUAUGUAUUUUAAAUUUUUUUUUAAUCAUAAUAACGAAUUAGUAUAUAAUAAUGAAAACAAUACAAUAACAAAUAAUUCACAACAAUAUAAAGCAAUUAAUAUUUUUCAUUUUUUAUAUAAUAAUUAUAUAUCUAUAAAAUGUCCUCUUGAUUUAAUUCCUUUAUAUCUCUUACCUUCAUAUCAAGAUGUUCAGUUUUUAGAUUUUAUAGAAAAAAAUGAAUUAUUAAAAUUGAAAUUUCUUUUACAUCUACUAUCUAUUAUGGAAAGUAUUUGUAUCCAUUUAUGUUCUCUAAUGAAUAUUAAAAUAAAUGUACCUCCACUUUUUAUUGAUCAUCUAAAAUCUGUUGAAAUAAAGGAUGAAAGAAAUCAAAAAAAUUAUUUUACUUUUUCAUACACAUCCUGCAAGUCUAAUCAGAAAAAUAUUGAUAUAAAUGAUGAAAACAUAAAAAAAAAAAAUAAUAAUAAUAAUAAUAAUAAUGAUGAUGAUAAUAAUAAUUUUUGUAGGGAUGAGAAGAAUUACUUUGUAAAUUAUAUUAAGCCAUUCAUUUUUAGAUUCCAUAAUGUAAAUAAAAAGGAUAUAACUAAUAAUUUUAAAAAUAUAAAUAAAUAUAAUAAUAAUAAUAAUAAUAAUAAUAAUAAUAAUAAUAAUUGUGGUUAUAGUCAUAUAUAUCUUAAUGAUUCUAUUUCUAUUCAUCAAGAUCUACAAAAUGAUAAUAUUUCAAGUAAUCAAAUCCAUAUGGAAAAAAUAAAUGAUAAUGAUCUUUUCAUAUAUGAAUAUGCAAAAAAACAAUCACUUUUUAUAUAUAAUAUUAUCAAAGAUUAUGAUGAUAUUAAAGACAUACACAAAUUUUAUGAUCAAGAAAAAAAUAUCUUUUAUACUACAAAUUAUAAUAAACACUCUUUCCAAAAUUUUUAUAUACAUAUCAUCGAUAAAUAUAAUAAAAUUAUUAAUAAUACUUAUAUAUACAAACAAGAAAAAAUAGAUUUAAAUGAAGAUGAAAAAAAAAAAGAACAUGAUAUUUUGUUUUUUAAAAAUAAUCAGCAUAGGAAAGAUAAUAUAUUGUCUAUACAAUAUGAUCAUAAUGUAAAAAAAAAUAUUACAAACAAUAAUAAUUCAUCUUCAAAAUAUGAUAAUCUUCAAAAUUAUUAUGAUGGUUGCAACUUAAUAAAUCAAUCAAAAAAUCAGAUUACCAAUAAUUUAAUAAGUUUAAACGAUCAAGUGGCACAGAUAAAAAGUUACAAUAUUGAGAAUGAAAAUUACUUUGAUUUUUUUAAAAAGGAAGAGGAAAAUAAUAAAUACAAUAAUAAUGUGGAUGAUAUUCAUAAAUAUGAUAAUAAUGUGGAUGAUAUUCAUAAAUAUGAUAAUAAUGUAGAUGAUAUUUAUAAAUAUGAUAAUAAUGUGGAUGAUAUUCAUAAAUAUGAUAAUAAUAUAGAUGAUAUUCAUAAAUAUGAUAAUAAUAUAGAUGAUAUUCAUAAAUAUAUCCAGCAUAAUAACCCUUUAUAUCCUUAUUACUCUAUAUCAUCUAACAACGAAGAGAUACAUUUUAAAGACAAAACACAUAUACAACAUUUUAAUAACAGAAUAGAUAAUAAAACAAACUGGCAAAAAGAUAUGUGUGAUCAUAAAAAUUCAACAAAUAAUGAGAUACAUAAUAAAAAAAAAAACAAUUAUGUGGAAAAGGAAAUAAAAAAAAAUUAUAUAGAAUAUAAAAAUGACUUCAUAACAUCUAAUAAAAAAUUCUAUGAAGAUUAUAACAUAAACAAAAAUUUUUCUUUCUCUCCAAAAUAUUUGGAAGGAGCAAAUGAAUUUAUAAAUGAAAGUGUAAAGGAAUAUAAUAAUAUGAAUAAAGAAAAGAUUGAAUUCUUUCAAGAAGAUAAGAAAAAAGAAAUUACAGAGAUUAAAAAAAAAAAAGAAAAUAAUAAUAAUAAUAAAAAUAAUUUAAGUUAUGUGUAUGGGCAAACUAAUAUAAAUAAUAAGAAAGAUAUAAUGAUGAAGGAAAAAACUAAAUCGGAUGUAAAAAAAUAUAGUGAUGAUAAUUAUAAUAAUAGAAAGAAAAAUUGUAAGUUGAUUAAAUCUAAUAUUUACAAAAUAUAA